AUGCACGCCUCUAGCUCUGGCUGCUUCCUCUUCCUCCUCUUCUCCUUCUUCCUCUCCUCCUCCUUAGCUCUUUCCGACGUCGAAGCCUCCUUCAUCACCCGUCGCCAGCUCUUAAACCUCCCUGAAAACGGCGACUUGCCCGACGAUUUCGAAUACGAGGUUGAGCUCGUUGUCACCUUCCCCAAUUCUAGGCUUAAACGAGCCUACAUUGCGCUCCAAGCAUGGAAGAAAGCUAUGUACUCGGAUCCGUUAAACACCACCGGCAAUUGGGUCGGCCCCAAUGUGUGUGCCUACAAUGGUGUUUUCUGCGCCCCGGCUCUUGACGACCCGGAACUGAGCGUAGUCGCCGGCGUUGAUCUCAACAAUGCGGACAUUGCCGGGUACCUCCCCGUGGAGCUUGGCCUAAUGACCGACCUCGCUCUCUUCCACAUUAACUCGAACAGGUUCUGCGGAAUCAUUCCCAAGAGCUUCUCAAGGCUGACUCUUCUCUACGAGUUUGAUGUUAGCAACAACCGCUUCGUGGGGUCCUUCCCCACCGUGGUUCUCUCGUUGCCAGGCCUCAAGUACCUCGAUCUUAGGUACAAUGAUUUUGAAGGCGAGUUGCCGCCGGAACUCUUCAACAAAGAUCUUGAUGCUCUGUUUUUGAAUAACAAUCGGUUCACGUCGAUCAUUCCUGACACUCUCGGCAACUCUCCGGUCUCCGUUAUCGUGAUUGCCAACAAUAGAUUUACCGGUUGCAUUCCCCACACCAUUGGUAACAUGGCAAACACAUUGCACGAAGCCGUCUUAUCGGGCAAUAGGCUUUCUGGGUGUUUGCCCACGGAGAUUGGGCUGCUUGGAAAUGUAACAGUGUUGGACGGAAGCGCCAACUCAUUCACUGGAGUUUUGCCAAGGAGCUUCAGCAGCCUCAAACAAAUUGAGCAUUUGAAUAUAGCCCACAACGUACUCACUGGGUUUGUUCCCGAGAACGUUUGCCGCUUGCCUAGCUUGUCGAAUUUCACAUUCUCGUAUAACUACUUCAAGGGAGAAGCCCAAGCGUGUGAGCCACCUUCGAGGACGGACAUUGUGCUGGAUGACGCAAGCAACUGCUUGCCUGAUCGGCCGAGGCAGAAGUCGGCGAGGACAUGCAACCCGGUGGUGAGCCGACCCGUGGAUUGUAGCAGGUCGAAGUGCGGGACACCGUCGUCGUCGUCUCGACCAAAUUCGCCACCGAAGAAGACAACUCCGCCAGUACAGAAGCCUUCGUCGCCGAAACCACAGCCACAGCCGUCACCGGUGCCGGAGAAGCACCCAUCUCCGCCUCAUUCACAGCCUGCCAAGCCUAAGCCAAGUCCUAAACCAGUGCCGAAACCGCCUUCUAGUUCAUCUCCAAAGCCAUCUCCACAGCCGGUUCCAACCCCUCCGAAAACAUCACAACCGCCAAAGGCAUCGGUUCGAAGCCCACCGACCUCAUCACCUCCAAUCCCAGAUGACCCAAUUAAUAAUUCUCCAAUCGGAAGGGUAAAAUCUCCUCCACCACCAUCUAAGCCCUCGCCAUCAUCGCCCCCCAUUCGCUCUUCGCCACCCCAUCAUGGGUCACCCGCAACCCCAGAUGACCCAAUUGCCAAUUCCCCAGUUGGAAAGAUUCGCUCUCCUCCCCCGCCGUCCAGGUCCCUUUCAAAACCGCCAACCCGCUCUCCACCACCUCCCGUACAUUCUCCUCCGCCACCGGUUCAUUCACCACCACCACCAGUUCGAUCUCCCCCAUCGCCUGUCCAUUCACCAUCACCUCCGGUUCAUUCUCCUCCACCCCCGGUUCACUCCCCACCGCCUCCUGUCCGCUCUCCUCCACCUCCAGUCCAUUCUCCGCCUCCUCCGGUACACUCUCCUCCCCCGCCAGUCCACUCACCACCACCACCACCACCAGUUCGAUCCUCCCCACCACCUCCAGUCCACUCACCACCACCUCCUGUCCGCUCUCCCCCGCCACCAAUUCAUUCACCACCACCCCCCGUACACUCACCUCCGCCUCCAGUUCAUUCACCACCGCCCCCAGUUCAUUCUCCUCCACCACCGGUCCAUUCACCACCGCCUCCUGUUCAUUCACCACCGCCCCCAGUUCAUUCUCCUCCACCACCAGUUCAUUCACCUCCGCCCCCAGUCCAUUCACCUCCACCGCCAGUCCAUUCUCCUCCACCCCCGGUUCAUUCCCCGCCGCCUCCUGUCCACUCUCCCCCACCUCCAGUCCAUUCUCCACCACCUCCCGUACACUCUCCGCCACCACCAGUUCGAUCUCCCCCGCCCCCAGUCCACUCCCCACCUCCGCCACCUGUACACUCCCCACCCCCACCAACCUUCUCACCUCCGCCACCCGUACACUCCCCGCCUCCACCCCCAAGAAGCUCGCCGCCGCCUCCAGCUCCAAUUCAUUCACCGCCUCCACCUGUAUUCUCGUCGCCGCCACCUCCAAGUGCCGACGAUUUCGUUCUUCCGCCGACUUUCGGGUCAGAAUAUGCAUCACCGCCCCCACCAGUAUUCCAAGGAUACUAA